AUGUCUUCUACGCCCUCCACCCCGGCGCGCUCCGCUCGCGCGUCCUCCACAGCCUCCUCGCCCGCCAUGAAUACCUCCAAAUCUCCCAUCGAGUUGACCCCGCGGAGCAAAGUCAAAGCCAUGCUUGCAGCUGCCGGUAUGAGUGAUGAUUCAGAGGACGAACUCUCCGCGCAGCCUUCCAACGGACCUUCAAACCCCACCGAGCCCGUGGCAAAACCUGCAGCAGCAGCCUCGAAACCCGUCCAGGAUGGCGCCCCUUCAGAUUCCGAGGACGAGGAUAUUGUUCCUGUUAAAAGACCAGUUGGACGGAUGGCAGCACGCAUGCUCGCACAAAAUCAGAACGCCCAGAGUGAGGGCAGCGACGAGCAGGAUGGGAAUGCAUACCAAAGGGUCAGGAAGAUGCUCAUGUCCGCUAAGGAUAAGCAGAAGGAAUCGUCAAGCAAGCCAAGCUCUGCAUCGGAUGCCGACUCGAGUUCGGGCGAGGACAUGCCAUUCAGCAGACCCGCGCAGGCAAGAAGGCUUGCACGAAAAGCUAGCAAAUCACCAAAUCCUGCAGAACCCGCGUCAAGAGCAUCUUCGCCUGGACUUUUCGUGUCACCAUCGAAGCCAUCCUCAGCCAAGUCUGUCGCUUCUCUGGACAAUGACUCAAACUCCGACUCUGAUAUGUCUGACUUCAAACCGAAAUCCCGCUUGGAGGAAUUGGUCGCGCAGAAGAAAGCCGAGCGCAAGGCUAAGGAGGCUUUAGAGAAGAAGGAACGCGAGGAGAACCGCCGGAAAGCAAAGGCUGCCGCAAGAAAAUCAAGAGAAAUCGACCUCGAGCUGAACGGCUCAGAAACUGACAGCAACGACGAGGAAGGCGUGGCUGAGAAGUUGACACAACAAUCUCGGCCAACCCGCAAGGCAGGAAAGAAGGCCAGAGAGGAGAUGAACCGCGAAACGCAAAGACUAUACAGGAACAUGCAGUUGGCACAUCAAGCGAAGACAAAGAAGAAGUACACCACGCAAGACCUUUUCAAGAAAUUCAAUUUUGGUCAGCCCAAAGGGUCUGCAGAGGAUCCUGUUGAGCUUGCGUCUUCGGAUGUUGAUCAAGCCCAGAAGGAGACACCGCCUACGAGUCCACCAAGCGCGGAUGAAGCUGAGAAGAAAACCGCUCAGGAGCAAGGCUUGGAUUCUAACGGAUUUCCUGAAGACACGGUUGUUGAUAUUGGCCAGCGAGAUGUCGACCUUCCAGAUCUACAAAAGAUCCCCCCACAGUCAAAGAUCAACAAGGGCAAAGGUCGUGCCGUAUCACCAUCUAGCGAAAUCCCCCUCCAAGUCGCGCCGGAACAGACCGUCAAACCCGCCGUUCCUGCACCCGUCCAAGAGAAGAAAACUCGCACGUUCCGCGUCGUACUUCCGCAAAGACCUGCCGCUGGCGCCUCCGACGAUGACGAUGACCUGGAGAUUGUCCGUGACACGCGCUUUCCGGUUUUCGACAACCUUCCCGCUCGCCAGGCGAAAGAGCCCAAGCAUCUGCUCACACUCCGCCACCUCGCGCAUCUGACUUCGCCAACCAAGAGCCGACAAACUAACAAGAAUUCUAUGGGGCCCACUGAAUUACAAGCAGUACUUCAGCGCAGAGCCCGCGAACAAGCGAAGGCGGAAAAAGACGAGAAGAUUGCUGAGCUUCGGGCAAAGGGCAUCAUGGUUCAGACGGAAGAAGAGCGUGAGAAAGACCAGCUUGAGCUGGAGAACCUUCUGGAGAAAGCCCGAAAGGAAGCCGAGGAGCUGGCGAAGAAGGAAAAGGAAGAGGCGAAGAAGAACGGCGAAGAGGACGGCGAUGCCUUGCUUGAUAGCGAAGAUGAUGAGAGCUACGUCGAGGGCGGAUCGGAUGCUGAGGGAGCGGAAGAAGACGAGGAGCUUGAGCUUUCCGGCAGCGAGGACGAGGAAGACGAACAUGCUGACGGUGAAGGUCUUAUCGACAAUGAAGCCGGCGAAGAUGACGACGAAGAGAUGGCGGAUGAGGAUGAUGUUGCAGCGCAUCCUGAAAUAGAAACGGCCGAGGACGAUGUGGAAUCCGAGAAUGAAGACGCAGCGCCUGCACGGCGUGCAACAGCAGCACGGAACCGCAAACGCGUCGUCGAUGACGAGGAUGAGGAGGAGUCUGAGGCUAAGGCUGCUGAGCAGCAACCUCAACCAGAGCCGAGUCAGAACGAGGCUAUGGCUGCAUUUGGCUUUGCUAACAAUGCUGCUCCUGUGGGUCUCAGUCAAAUGUUUGCUGGCACAAUGGCCGAACUGGGCUCCGAGCCGACCGAUCAACAAGCUCAACCCUCGCCAGCCCAGGAUGAGACUAUGGCUGCAUUUGGGUUUGCCAAUAAUGCCGCUUCGGUCGGUCUUAGCCAGAUGUUUGCUGGCACAAUGGCAGACAUGAACUCCCAGGCCGAAAUGCCAGUGGCGGGAAGCACCCAGCAAGAUUCCCUCGAUUUUCUCCGAAACAUCCCGGUCUCGACACUUCCUGAGUUUGCAGACAACUUUGCAGGUCCCAGCCAGGACUCUGUCAUCCGCGAUAGUCAGCCCGAAGAAUCCCAAGCAGAAAGUGGAAGCAACGACAUCAACAUUGGCAUUUCUCAGUUCCCCUCGCAACCCCAAGAUCUCGAUACCCAGAUGUCUGAUAUCCCCGAGCCCACGCAGGAUGGUGGUUUUGCUGUUUCCCGAACGCCAGGCCGAUUCAACAGGACUCCUUUGCCCUCGUCAAGUCAGAAAACAGUGGACACUAUUAUCCUUGAAGAUGGGACACCUGAAUCACCGAUCGUUCAGCGGAAGAAGGGUCGUCUACAGCGCCGUCGCGAGAUUAUCGCUACAUCGAUGUCGGAUGUUGAGGAGGACACUCAAACCAAGGAAGAUGACGCCGCGUCGGAUGAGGACUUUGAGAUCUCGGCAGACGCUUUCGAUGUUAUGCGAAAGGGUGCGAAGAAGGCCAAGAAGGUCGACGCCUUCAACAAGAAGAAGAGCGCAGCCAAGGAGAUGGUCGAGGAGCAGGCCGAGGAGUCUGAGGACGAAUACGCGGGCCUUGGUGGUGCUAGUGAUGAUGAAAGUGGCGGGGAGAUGGAUGAGGAGCUAAAAGACAUGAUCGACGAGACAAAGGUGAAGGUCAACGAGAGGGAGAUUGCGGCGUUUCAUGCAAACAAGGAGCGCGCGGAAGAUGAGAAGCGCAUCGAUAGGCUGUACAAGGACAUCACCAGCGGCAACCUGCGUCGGAAACGUGGUGGAGACUUUGAUUCGUUGGAUGACUCGGAUGAUGAAGCUGCAGAGAGGAGGGCAAGAAAGCAGAGGGAGUUCGCGCGUAUGCGCAAGGCGCUUCUUGCGGACGAGAACAUUGGCAAGAUUGCCGAAAACCCGAAGAAGCUUGCCUUCCUCCGCGCCAUCGAGGACCACGACGACGACGACUUCGACUUUUUCGAGUACAGGGAUUCCACCGGCCCCGACGAGUCUCAGUCCCAAUCCAUUCCCGACUCGCAGGAGGCAGCGCAGCAGGAAAACACAGCGAUCGACCAAGACGGUGCCUCUGCCGCAGCUGGCCAAGCAAACCCGCUCAAGCGCAAAUCGCCUGCCACAGAAUCCAACGACGAAAACCGGCCUCCGGCCCGCCAGCGCCGCACCGCCGCCGCGGCCGACCGCAAGCCAACCACACUCGCGGAGAUCCGCGAGAACGUCUCGUUCCUCAUCGACGAGCCGCUCGUCCGCGAAACCCAAUACUCCGCGUCCGAAGACGAAGACGAAGGCGACGAUGGCGGAGAGCAGCAACAAACCAAGGUCACCACCCGCGCCUCCUUCACCGAGCGCCGUACCACAACUACCGUCGUCGACCGCCUCACGCUGUCGCGCUCCGCCAGCGCCGCAUCCUCGACGUCUACGACGACGACGGAACAACAGCCCGCCCCCGCCGGGAAGCCGCUCGCUUUCGCCGCUGGCAACAAGCCCGCCGGCCACGGCUUCAGGGUGCCGGCCCUGCUGCGGCGCGCGACAUCGAACCUGAGCAACGCGAGCUCGACCACGACGACGACGACCACCACUACUAACAGCAACUACAACGCGACCGCCGCUGGCGCUGCUGCGGCCGAGGCGGGCGGCUUGAGGAGAGGUGGCAGCAAGAAGAGCAACAUCCACUACCAGGCGCGCGAGGCGGAGCGCAAGAAGGCGGUCGAGGCCGUGGACGCGAGGAGGGAGGAGGGCUUGAGGAAGAAGGUGGUGAAGGGCAGGGGGAGGAGCGUGCUGGGCGUGUUGGGGGGUGGGGGGUUCGAGUAG